AUGUGUUGGAUCAUCCGAAUUCUGUUCAUUCACGUAAUCUUGUGUCAUGUUCAACAAUAUAUGUGUCGAUCGGACACGAGUGCUGAAGAUUCUCAUCGUGAUAGUCAGAAUUCCACUAUACUCAAGUCGUAUAACGACACGUUUAUCACUGACAAGUUCUUAUCGAAAGAUUCAGUGAACCUCAAUCAUGAAAUACCUCGAAGUAUUAUUGACUAUCCGUUAGCAACAAAUUCACACAUGAAAUAUAUCACCGAUGAAGAAGAUUACACGAGCGAUGAAUUGAUUACAUUUGUCAUUCAAACUAACCAACGAAGUUCACAACCGAUUACGAUUCUUGCUGGUUUCGCUUAUGAGAACAUCAAUUACGUAUUCACUAUCGAGUAUCAUCAACUGAAAAUCAUUUUCUCACAAGAUAAACUACCUGAUUUGAUAUUGACAUCAAAAAACGAUUCCGGUCCGAUUAAUGAUGGCCAAUGGCAUCGACUGUAUGUCCAACGACUGAAUCAUACGCUACGAUUUAUUCUUGACAAUAUUGAAGAAUCUACCCUCAACUUAACUAACGAAUGGCAAACAACUCCCAAUAUAUUUAUUGGCAGUGAACUAACACCUGUUCCUAAUAAUGAUUACAUUGGUAAAAUUGGUGAUAUCGUCGUUAGCAAUGCAGGUCGAUCACUAAUCCUUAGGGAAGAAAACCAUUCCGAUGAAAAUGCGAAAGAUUUGUCAACAACUACUCAAUCGAAUUCAUCUCAAACGGUUACUUUUCUACCGAAUGAUAAUCAAGAGGUUAGCUUAUCACUUCCAACCAAUUCUUCUCUCCGCAGUCUAGCAUUUGUCUUUCAAACUUAUUCCAAUAUCAGCACACUUUUACAUUCCGAUGAUAUCGAUAUAAACAUCGAUAUUGAUGGUCACUUGACACUUGCUGUUCGAAACCAUCCUUUACAAAGAAUUCUUUCUUCCGACGAACAAAAUCCUAUCAAUGAUGGACAUCUGUAUUUUAUACGAUUCGAAUUAUUUAAUCAAACUCUUCGUGUAUGGUUAAAUAUCAACAAAAUAGUUUCCAUCGAGCUUUCUUCUCCAUUAAUCAUCGAAAGUUUGAUCUUUGGUUGGCACAAUGAUUUCCUUGGUUGUAUACAAAAUGUCACUUACAAUGAUCAACUAUUUCUAUUUGAGCAUAUUCCAUUCCAUCGUCAACAUUGUUCUUCGAAUAACAUUCGUUUAAAGUCUCUUCAUGAUGUUUAUACUGAUCAGAUAAUCGCAUUCGAAGAAUACGAUCGCCCAGUUGUGGUUAUUCUUGACCAAUCUGAACAAUUCUAUUCAUUUUCGUUUUCAUUUUAUACGCAAGAAUCUGACGGCAUUAUCUGUUCAUUAACCGAUACAACUUAUGAAAAUCUUAUCUUAAUAAGUGUUCGUCAACAACGUCUAGUUAUAACCUCUAUCAAUCAAUAUCUUGAGCGCAUGGAAAUUUCCAUGAACCAAACGAUCGACGAUCGAAUUGAACAUGAAUUAAUCAUUCGAUUAAUUCAUAAAGACCAUCUAUUAUUUCAAUUGGAUAAUGUUCAAAUCGUUCGAAAAUUUGUUAGUCUAUUUUAUAUUCACACGAUUUACAUGGGACAACUGGAUGGAUUUAUUAAGGAAAAGUAUUACGAUUUAGACGGAGAAGAUUUUCUCGGUUGUAUCAAGGACAUCUUGUUAAAUGAUAAAUCAGUAAUUAAACGGGAACAUAUAUAUCGGUCAAGCCGGUUGGGAGACACGUGUCGAUUAACAAAACGUGGACGCAAAAAUUUCAUAUCAUAUAUGUCGUCAGAGAUCAGUUUUUCUGUACGUGAUGAUCACGAUAUAGUUGAAGUGGAAAUUCCAUUCAAUGAAGAAUUCUAUCACUGUCAACUAUCGAUCAAAACUCGUUCGUCCGACGGAAUUCUCUUGUCGCUUCAUUCUGAUGAUGACUAUACAUUUGUUUUCUAUUUAAAUCGUGGCCAAUUAGUUUGGAAAUAUCAUUCCUAUGAUAACACCAUCUCGGAGAUACUCUUCCAAGAUAAUCAAACGAUUAACGAUGGACGACAACAUGAUCUUUUCAUAUCCCGGCAGAUAUCUAAAUUAACUUCAUAUAAAAAUAUCUACAUAGAAAUCGAUGAACGAGCAAGUCAAAUAUCACUGCCGUCAUCUUCGUUAUUAUUUUUUGAUGUUCUAACCGUUGGCGGUUCACGACGAGGAACAUCAACAAGUAAUUUACUUGUUGCUUGUUUUGCUAAUCUGACGUAUAAUCAUCAACUAUUGUUACCUGAAGGAAUUGUGAAAUACGAUCGUUAUGAUUGUUUUUACGAGCAAGAUUCGAUCUGCGAUAAGCAGACGCCUUGUGAACCGAUUCAAAGUUUACAAUUUUGUGGUCAGAUCGAUUGUUCAGUUGUGUGCACACCCUCGACAUUUGAUUUUAAUAAAAAAGGACUCGUACGAUAUUUCUCUGAUAUCGAACCGGGCGAAUAUGAACAAAUAUAUUUAACAAUAUUUACAACGGCAGCCAAUUCAACUCUAUAUUUGACACAGAAUGGUUCGAUUCAAGUAUCAAUUAUCCUUCAAGAUUAUUAUCCACGUUUAAUCAUUCAAAAUGGCGGAAUAAUUUAUACAUAUGAUUUUCCUGGCCGCGUACGGAAUGAUCAAUGGCAUAUAUUGCAGUGUCAGAAAACAUUGAACACAAUUGAUUUGACAUUUGAUGAAGAAACACGGCAUUACACGAAUCUUACUGAGCACUUUACUCUGUUUGCAGAUAAUUUAAUUCAUAUAUGUGGAAGAAAUUUUAAUGGAUAUAUUCAAGAUAUUAUUCUUACAGCUGAUAAUCAUUACGAAAAUUUAAUACAAAACGCGAUUCAUAAUCCGGGAUUAAUCGAUUAUGAUCGAAGUGUUACUUGGAAUAAUCGUGCCAACAUACCUGAAUGUAAGUUUUAUCAAUAUGUAAAACUAGACAUUGAUGACUAG